AUGUACAAGUUUACGAACACGAAACCGAAUGUGAAAGCGAAGACGAAUACGAAAUACGAAUAUGAAGACGAAUACGAUUACGAACACGAAAGCGAAUGGGAUUACCAAUACGAAUUGAAUGCGAAAACGAUUACGACAAUUAAUGAAUAUAAGAAUUCGGAUGCAAAAGCCAAUAGGAAUCCAAAUACGAAUACAGGUUCUAUUAUAAAUACGAAUAUUUAUGUAAAUACGAACGCGAAUAUAAAUCUAAAGAAGUACACGAAUACAAUUAUAAGUACGAAUACGAAGAUGAACAUGAUUACGAACAUGAAAGCGAAUACGAAUUCGCACAGACAAUUGAAUACGACCACGAAUACGAGCACAAAUACGUAUACGAUUACGAAUACGAAUACGAAGAUAAAUACAAUUACGAAGACGAAACCAAAUGUGAAAGCGAAUGUGAAAACGAUUACGACAAAUAACAGAGAGAAUAAUUUCCAUUAUCAAUACGAAUAUGAAUGUGGACACGAACACGAAUGUGAAUGUGAAGAAGAAUAUGAAUACAAUAAUUAA